GAAUAUGGGAACUGCUUUGGGCUGUUCUUACUGGCCAGCCGCGGUGUGUGUGUUUGUGUGUGUGUCUGUGUCGCUGCUUUCUCCCCAGACACGGGAUCCUCCUUCCUUCAGCUCAUCGCCGGCAAAAUCCUCCUCUCCUGCCCCGAAACAUGGAGCUGUCCGCGGCAGGGGACCGCGUGUUUGCCGCCGAGGCCAUCCUGAAACGGCGCGUCCGCAAGGGUCGAAUGGAGUACUUAGUGAAAUGGAAAGGGUGGGCUAUAAAGUACAGCACUUGGGAGCCAGAGGAGAAUAUUCUUGAUGAACGUCUUGUAGCAGCUUUUGAGCAAAAGGAGAGAGAACAGGAGCUUUAUGGACCAAAGAAGAGAGGACCCAAGCCUAAAACACUUCUCCUAAAGUCAAGAGCACAGGCCUCAGAUGGCACCCCUCGAGUUCCUGAGUUCAAACACACUCGACCCCAGCCAUCCUCCAAACCUCCUCCACCACCCCUUCCCACACCCUCAUACCCCCCUAGUUGCCCAUCCAAUGCUAAGCUGCAGUCUGGAGCUGCUCAGCCAAAACUUAAGAAGGACAUCCACCGCUGUCAUCGCAUGUCACGACGACCCUUGCCUCGCCCAGAUCCUUUAGCCCAGUCAGUUGGUCACUCACUCAGCCCCUUCUCUGAAACAGUCCGCAUUCUGAACCGGAAAGUGAAACCUCGUGAGGUCAAGAAGGGCCGGGUAAUCUUGAAUCUCAAAGUGAUUGACAAGGCUGGUAACAGCGGGGUAGCCAAUAACCGAAGGACUCCAAGCACUGCUCACCAGUCCUAUAUUGGGCGGCAGAAGGUUCCAUCUCGAAAUAGAGUUAUUGGGAAGAGCAGGAGGUUUGGAGAUGUUUCAUAUAGAGGGCUGCCACUUCCAGUGUCUGGUGCUGGAUUUUCAGUUUUUGGAAAAGCGUUUGAGGCUCAUUCAAUGGACCCUUCUGGGAAUCAGCCGAAGUUAGAGCACAGUGGUCACAAACCAGGCAAAUCCUUGUCUUUGCAGUCCUUGUCUCAGAGUUCAAAACUAAUGACCUCUGAUGUUCCCAAAGCACUUAGCGAGGCUCCUCCGUCAGCUUCCAGCUCAGAAGUAUCGGACGGCGAAAGCCAUCUCACAUCUUCAGCACAGUCCCACCAACCUUCAUUAGCCCACCAGUCGUCUAAGGUAAAUCCUGCCAUUUUGCCCCCUUUAAAGCCCAGCAAUCAACUAACAGACUUAAAACCCAAUUCUUCUGCAGCGAAAUCUGUACUGCCUUCCUCUCCCAUGUUUUCCUCAUCAUCUUCAUCAUCAUCCUCAUCUGAAGACAAUGAGCACAUCCUUGACCUCUCGGUUCCUCACGGAAGCGACAGGCGAGCCAAGCGCCACCAUCAUUUCUGUCGCCAUCAACAACCCAAGCUUCCAGAGAUUCCAAUGUCUGAGGAGGCCUCUGAAGAAGAGGAGGAACUGGACUGGCAUCCAGAGAUGGUCGCACAAUGCGCCAACGUGGUUGUCACAGACGUUACAACUAACCUCCUCACCGUCACUAUCAAAGAGUUUUGUCAUCCUCAUGGACUACCGCCAUCGGCCUCUUCUCCGUGCUAUGCUAAUCAUUUCUCUGCUUCAAAUAAGACAAAACCCCAACCAUCUUUCAGUCUCACGUUCUUUUUACUUAUCUUCUGUUUCAUUCGUAGAACGCGUUCAGUGUUUGUUGUUUUUCAGCUUUCCACACACGUUCUUUCGUUUCAGAAAGCGGUAAGUCUCCCGUUUUCUUUCUCCUUUUUCUCGUUUUUAUCGCUUGCUCCAACCGCCACCCUGAAGUUCAUCGUUGUCAUUCUGGCCGCCGGCAUGGUGGCUUUUAUCGGCGCCGUAAUCUGCAUCAUCGCCGCGGUUCACAGCGGGUCUCCCGCGGCUCCCCCGCUCACCCAGAACCGCUCUACCUCUCCGGUUCCUUUCUCCCCGGGUUCCGUGGCCAGGGCCGGCGCUCUGGACGCUCUCCACGCCACGGAGGCUCCAGGCGGCCCCGAGGCGCCCACCUUCUACGGGCUGACCGGGGGCGUGGGCGGCGCGGGCAGCGAGCAGAGGGUCAUUUACAGCCGCCUGCUGUGCACGCCUGUGCCACCGGGCCAGUGUGAGCCCAAAGCUGUUCAGGCGGACCAGCAGCAUGAGGAUGAGGACGGGGAGUGGGGGUCUCUGCGCGCCGCCGCCGAGGAGCUCCGACACACCGCCCAGAGACAGCAGGACGAGAUCCGAGCCGACCGCAGGACCAUCCGGGAACUGACGGGGAAACUGGCGGAGUGCGAGGGGACCGGAGGAGUGGUGCAGGAGGAGAGGGAGAGGGGCAUGAUGGGGGACGAGGGCCGAGCAGGAGCCGUGGAGGAGCUGGAAAGAGCCAUACUGCACAUGAAGGAAAGGAUAGAGAGACUGGAGUCAGAAAUGGCCCCCUUGGCUCACAACCAUACGGAGACAGGACAGAAAAGCGCAGACAGAGUCCAGAGCGGCACUAAGGGUAGGGGCACAGUUGUUCAGAGGAAAGUGGAGGAUCUGGAGGGAGAGCUGAAAAGAAAGAUGAAGAUGUUGGAAGAGGAAAGGAAAGCCCUGCGCAAAGAGACGCAGAAACAUCAGGAGCACAUUGACCAAGGACUGGACGCUGUCCACCAGCGCAUCAGUAGCCUUGAGCAAGGUCUGUCGGAGAACAAGUUUCCAGAGGGUUAUAGGCUUUCGUUUCCAAUGAGGAGCAGCUCCAUGUAUGCUGUGGUGAAGCACUCCCUCCCUGCCCUCCACGCCCUCACCCUCUGCAUGUGGCUGAGACCUGCGCAGAGCAUCCUGGGAACUGCAGUUUCUUACGCCGUGCCAGAACAGAGUCAUGAGCUGGUGCUGCAGCAGCUGGUGCAUGGCCCCAUUGAGUUCAUCAUUAACAAUGAGGUGGCGCAGUUCACUCUGAACCUGACGGUUGGUGUGUGGCAGCAUGUGUGCAUCAGUUGGAACAGGAGAGCGGGGGUGUGGCACACCUACCUGGGAGGCAAGCUGAAAGGUGAGGGAAAGGACCUGGCAACCCGCCACUCCAUCCGGCCUGGAGGAACACUUGUCCUGGGCCAGGAACAGAGUUCGAUGGGUGGGCUUCGCUUCGUGGCCUCCCGGGCUUGGAUAGGGGACCUCUCUCAGUUUAAUAUUUGGGACCGAUUGCUUACUCAUGCAGAGCUCAACGCCCUUGCCCACUGCAGCACUGGAAUGCUGGGUAAUGUAGUCCCCUGGAACAGCCGUGAGAUGGAAGUGUUUGGAGGGGUCACCAAGCAGCCAGCCGAACACUGUAGCCGUCAUGCUAGUGUACGGCUGUGAAGCUUAACAGCAGGAGGUCACAGCAGGGUGGGUGGUAUGUCCAAGGCUAAGUCAGGUGAAAGUAGAUUAACAAGAGCAUUGGCACUGUCAUCAUCAACCAUUACUUCUGUAUCAGUAUCUCUGUGAAGGCUUGAAAGCACUUUGGAAUACUUGAGAUGAAUGUGUAAAACCGUUGCCUUUAAGGCUGUUAUUUUCAUCAGUGAUGCAUUUUGUUACUGAGGAGCAUUCAGUAAUACCCAAGAGAAAAAGGAAACUGGCUUUACCUUUGAAAAUGAUGUUGGCUUUGAUCCAGACCAUUUACUUUUCACAGAGAAAUCGGAGGUGAAUGUUCCAUGGCAGUGCUACACGGUGCGGUUUUCUGUUUUUACUUUGAUCAUAUUUAGGAAAGGUCAGAACACAGAACACAGUUACAUCAGGCUGUUUAUUUCUGUUCUGUCAUUUUGUACUGUAUCUUUUUGUACUUAUUUUUUUUCAGUACAUUUUUGUAAUGGUAUAUGUCACCCUGUUUCUAUGGCGAUGUUAAAGAGAGUUUUUGGACGAGGUCAGUGAGGCAUUAGAUUUUCCUUCCUGUAAACAAAUCAGAGAACUUGUUACGUGAUGUUUCCUUUCAGUUGUAUUUAAAAGUAAAGGUAAAGUACAGUGCUGUGCAGAUGUCAGAAACCUCGUUUCAUUUAUUACAUUUCCAGUCAAAAGAGAAGUUAAGUCGGAGUUAUUGAUUUUUUCAGGAGAUAUAAGAUAAUCACUUGCAAAACGUCAGAGGAAAAUAAGAGAAAAACAAACGUUUCCAAAUAACAUUUAACAUAUUAAUUGUAAGAUAUUAAUAUGUGAGUAAUGUGACUCCUAACAACCAUGCAUGACCUGGUACACCACCAAAACUGUCCCCGUCAGAUGCACAGUACUUAAAGCUUUCGUCUUUGAGAGAAAAUCACGCUCCAGAUAAAAAUCACAAAUGUUUCUGUCCAUCCUUCCACUGUGAAAAGACAACGUAACGCUAUAGGUCUGAAAGGAUAAAUAGCUGACAAGAAGCCCUUACAGUGGAAAGAAAACAGAAAAAAAGAAUAUUUGCAAGUCAAACGAAGUUGCUGGUGUUCUCAGAUGAUUGCAUGGUCCAUGAGAAGCACAAAGCGCAACCAACUUCUAAGACUACACUUUGGAGAAGUGAAAAACUGAAGGCGAAUCAACUGAAAAGAAUGGAAGCUAUAAUAACGGUUAAGGCUUCUGUGUAAUUUUCUGUUAAAUAUGUUUUGUGCUUUUUCCUUGUCACUGAGAAUUGAAUAACUAAAGGACAUGAAUUUUGACUGGAAAUAGAGUUAAUAAUGAGUGGUUUGUGGCUUUCGCACAGUACUAUAAAUCAGCAAUACUAUGCAUACAUUUCUGAAAUUACAAAACAGUUAAUGCCAAUGUGAAUAUGGUGACAUCAUAUAAUGACUGAAUAUGAUGACUGAACCCAGUGAGGAAUCCACAUUGACGUAAAAUACUUCAUUCUAAAAUAUACUUUUUCACUUUAGGAUUAUUUAUAAACGUUUGGAAGAUAUUCUGGCAGAUAAAGAUCAGACUGACUCUGAAACUGUUUUGCAAAAAUCUAUGUCCAUAUUGCAGUGUGUUUUAUUGCACCGUUAUUGUUAAUGUAAUUUUUAUUUGUUGAUGAAUGUGACUGAAUAUACAUUCCACGCAACAUUUCAGGACUGAAAUCCCAUAUAAAGUGUAUAAAACUAUAUACUGUAUAUCACAUAUGAAGUGUAUCAUAUAUUAUCUGAAGUCUUCUGUACUUAUCAGAGUGUUAUAUUGAAGAUAUGGUACACAAGCACAGGUCUAAAAUCAGAACACCAGCGAUGAAUGGACAUGCACCAGCAAAGGUCACACAGAAAAUGCCAAGAAGAUUGUUUUUGCACAAUUUUUGUGAGUGAUUUGAAAACAGUAGUGGCAUGCAAUAGUCUAGCACGAGGGCAAACAUUUGACAGCUGACCUGAAAUGACCUGAUAUUGACUUUAUUCUGUCCAGUUUCUUCACUGAUUCUCUUCUCGGGAGUUCAUUAAUGUCCAGCUCCCUCGCUGUUGUUAAUGUGAUGCCUGUUGUUUUUGCAGCGUUUGCACCUCUGUGGUUACCAUGCUAUCAUAUACUUGGUGUGUAUAUAGAAAAAAGCUCAUAUUUAAAGAAAAUAUGUUGGUGUACCAGUUGCUUCAGAAGCUACAAGACCUUUAUUAGCAAGAAUGUGUUUAAAAUGAAGCUUUCCCUUGCCUGAUGUUUUUCUAUACUGCGUUUUCAAACUUGUUUACUUUUAUAAAUCCUUCUCUACUAAUUCUGGUCAUAUCUUGCAUUCUGUCGCUGUGUGUACCUGAUUGGAGGACCAAAUGUGGAAAAUGUGUGAAGUAACUAUGAAGAGUAAAAUUGAUUUCACUCUUACUAAGUCUUUCUCUUUGUUUGUCUGGCCUUGGCCGUCUAACAAUGCAGGAAAUACAGACACGUGCACUGUGUCUUGUAUGAAUUCCCUGUGGGAACUGUAAGUGUUACCUAGCAACUACCCUGUCACAUCUUGACACGUUGCAAUAAAGGCAAGCAUAUCAGAAACAUGCUGCUCAUCUGAGGUCACAUGACAUGCUGAAAGUAUGCAACUCAUUUUACAAGCUGCAUCACAAGUUCAUUAAAAAUGUGUUGCUUAU